UGUAAGCACUCUUUUGUAUAUAAUACUAUUCUAUGAAAUUAACAUCUUGUUCAUCAUAUAGAACAGCAUAAUACAGCAUUUUAACUAGCUGUCCUGAGUGAUUUUUGAAUUCUGUUUUGAUAGCUUGUACACCGGGAUAUUAUGGUCCUAAAUGUGACAGAAAAUGCACCUGUAAUGGGACUGACAACUGCAACCCAUUAAAUGGUCAGUGCAUAGAAAAUGAGCAGUGCAAAGAGGAUUAUGUGGCAAAGAAAUGUGAACAAGGUGUGAUUAAUCUGAAGUGUCCAAAGGAUCCUGGGUGGUGGUAUUGGGAACGCAAUUGUUAUUAUAUUGAGCCAGUGAUGCAAUCAACCUGGGCAAACGCUAUGGAUUUUUGUACUGCUUACCAUGAAACUUCAAUGUUGCAAGAGCCAAGCAAAACAGAAAAGAUUUGGCUGUUUUCUAUGAUCAAGGACUUCGUGUGGAUAGAUUCACCAAAGGCAAUAUCUGAAGAUCUGUUGGAAGGCAAUGUUGACAAAUCUACUGAGUCAUGUAGACAGAUGGCUAGCAAUGGAACCAUUAGACUAGCUAAUUGUUCUUCUUUGGCUGGCUGGAUUUGUAAAAGAAGGGAAGAUGCCAGCAUAUUUUGGGAAUACCCUGGAAAGAUUCUUGUUAUACCAUUGGGGAACAAAGCUUAUGAAGAUAAAGAACAUGCAAAAUCAGCCUGCUUUUUAGAAGAAAAAUGCACUGGAAUUAGCUACUGGAGAAAGCAGUAUGUACCAGUCAGUGGUAAAGAUCUGGUCUUAAGUAGUAGGAGGCAGAUUACCACCUAUAUGAAAACAGCUUGCAGUGAAAGAAGAUAUGGGAACUAUUGUCAGGAAAGGUGCCCUGUGUGCCCCAAAAAAACCCCAUGCAACAGACUGACAGGAAAGUGUUUCGAUGAACUAUUCUGUGGUGAAAGAAAAGAGUUAAGACUCUGUGAAUUCAAACUUGAGAGCAAAUUCUGUUCUCCUUCUUGGAGAUACUUCAGUGGACGUUGUUAUUAUAUUUCUACGUUUGGUCAGCUGAAUAAUAGUGAUGCAGAGUACAUGUGCAGCCGAUUUAAAGGAGGUCAGCUCUUAGAAGUAAACUCCACUUAUGAAAAGGAUUGGAUAGUUCAAGUAACCUCAAACAAAAUCUGGGUUCGGGAUGUGAAUCCCAGUCUCCAGUCAAAAAUGCUGCCAUUUCCCAUGAAAGGAAAACUAGAGCCAAGGGAUCUUCACAAGAUUGAGGACUUAUGUCUGCAUUUGGAUCCUAAGAUAAACCGUUUUAUGGCAUCUCCAUGUACACAGUAUUCUUCAUGGGUCUGUGAGGCCCCACUAGCUUCGAAGGCAGUGGAUGUUUCUUAUAAGUGGUGGAAAUCAAUGGCUUUAUCUGGUAUAAUAACAACUAUUGUCAUGAUUCUGACUGUGUUUCUGACAUAUAACAUUGGACACUGGAUUCCAGAAGCAUCAGGAAAGUCAAAAAAAGAUUCAGCCACACAAUAAGAGUUGGGUUCUGUAAUCAGAAAGUGUUUCAUAUGAAGAAUAAAAACUGGCAUACACAGUUGGCAGGCUCAGAGACUGAGUCCUGAGUUCUUAUUGUCUUGCUGUUAAGGAUUGUGGGUCAUGGAGUGAGAAAGCAUAUGGAACAGCAAAUGCAAAUGGUAUUUGUUCAGGGCCUUAACAGAGUUUAGAUAGUGUGUAGCAAUAUGAUUAAGGUUGUAUAAUCUUAGGUAUGACUGCAGAGGUUCAGAAGGAAUGGCUGUCUGCUUGUAGCACUGAACUGGCAAAAUAGGGAAAAAAACAGACAGUAAAGAACUAGUCUAAUUUAUCUAACAGCUUUUAAGACUGUUUUGCAAUUAUAAAAAACACUUCCUUGCAAUUUUCUUGUUUGUUAAAGGAUUAAAUAAACCUGUA